AUGGCGACUUCGAUAAAGCGCUACCGCCAUCAAGAUUACACGGUGGCAUGGGUCUGUGCCCUCCCGCUGGAAAUGGCUGCGGCUGUGGUAAUGCUGGAUGAGAGACACCGCGACCUACCGGCCAUACAGAAUGAUGACAACUCUUACAUUCUAGGUAGAAUUCAUGCCCACAAUGUGGUCAUUGCUUGCCUUCCAUCCGGUAUCUACGGCACGACCUCCGCAACAACAGCAGCUGCACAUAUGAAAUACUCUUUUAGAUCGAUACGCUUUUUUCUAAUGGUCGGCAUCGGAGGAGGGGCUCCCAGCAAAAAGAAUGAUAUCCGGCUGGGAGAUGUCGUGGUCAGUAAACCAACGAUGAACUUAGGAGGCGUUAUUCAGUACGAUUUCGGCAAAGCACUGAGUGGCGGUCGUUUUGAACGUGUCGGAAUACUGAAUAAACCGCCGCCUGUUCUUUUAUCAGCAAUAUCUAAGCUGCAGGCAACGUAUAUGCUAAACCCAGGGAAACUGGCUUCCACAAUCUCGGAGAUGACAACGACACGGCCAGACGAAACAAAUAUAUUUGCAUGUCCUGGUGAGGACCAAGACGUAUUGUUCGACCAAGAAUAUGUUCACGCCGACUCGGAAGAGACUUGCAGUAGCUGUGAUACAAGAAAGCUUGUACAGCGACCUCCCCGAAAUAAUCAUGGCCCUGUUAUUCAUUACGGCCUUAUCGCAUCCGGAAAUCAAGUCAUAAAAGACAGUCGGGUCAGAGACAAGCUGGCUCAAGAAUACGACAUCUUAUGCUUCGAAAUGGAAGCGGCUGGCUUGAUGGACAAUUUCCCUUGCUUAGUGAUUCGAGGCAUAUGUGAUUACUCGGACUCGCAUAAAAACAAGCAGUGGCAGAACUACGCAGCCGCGACAGCAGCUGGUUAUGCCAAAGAGCUCUUAUCAACCGUUCAUGAGCACCAGAUUACAGAUACUCCGCCAGCAGAGUUGGAUUGUGAGCACGCUACUGUUUCUGCUGAUGAUAUCAUCAAGGGUAAAAUGCUGAGCCGAUAUGCAGCUGAUGAAGACUUACUCGAAAGAAUGUCGAAUUAUGAACACAAAAAGGUUCACUGGAAACUGUCACAGAAACGACUUCAUAACACUACUCGAUGGUUCCUUGAUCAUCCGAGCUUCAAGGAAUGGUUCAUCGAAAAGAAAAUCUCAAGUUUGUGGUGUUCAGGAAAAAUUGGGUCUGGCAAGACAAUGAUAGCAACCGCGGUGGUCGACGCUGCUAGAUCUCAAGUUUCAACUCUCAAAUCCCCAGUUGUCUUUUUCUACUGCGAUUAUGAAUAUAAUGAUGAGCUGAAUGCUUCAUUCGUCAUUUCUAGCUUCAUCAAGCAAAUAUGCGCUUUCCAAUAUCAAAACUUUGGAUUUUUCCCAGAAGAUGUUGCUCCGGACUUACGGAGAUUUUUUGGAUCUGAGCGAACUCUACCAGACUUUGAUGAUCUGGAAAGUAUCUUUUCACGGCUAUGUCGUGUCGUACCUAAUACGGUAUACAUUAUCGACGGAAUUGACGCUCUUCAGAAGAGCCAUGCCAUACACCUCUUGAGGAUCGUUCAACAAUUGUUCGACUCUCCCGACAUAUCACAAAAGUCGCGCGUUUUGCUAUUAAGCAGAGACCAAGUCCCCGGAUAUAUAAAUGUCGGUACUUUCAUUCGCGGGAUUCGCCAAAUACCAAUCUCAACAAAUGCAAUGCAAGACAUUGAAAACUUUAUCGAAACAAGUAUCGCUGAGAAGAUGAUGUACAGAAAGCUCACUGAUGAUGUCUCACUGUUAAAAAGGGUUGAAGAGACACUGCUUACUGAAUCAUCCAAUAUGUUUCUUUGGGUGUAUCUCCAGCUGGAGAUUCUGUGGGAAACUUGCCGUACUGAUGCGGAUAUACGUCAUGCCUUGACUGCACUACCCAAAAAUAUUGAAGAAACAUAUAAGCGCUGCGUUUGCAGGAUAGAUUUCCAAGAUGGCUGGGCACUAAAGGUACUCAAAUGGGUCAGCUUUGCAAAGAGGUCCCUUCACAUCGAGGAGCUGAGAGAAGCCGUCGCUAUUCGAUCUACAGACACAAAAUGGGAUGCCGAUAAAAAACCACAAAGGGAUUUUACUGUUGGCUGUUGUGCAAAUCUCAUUGUUUUGGAUCCUAUUGACAACUGUGUGCGCUUUGCACAUUCUUCAGUGAAGCAAUACCUCGAGGAAGAUGGGAAAAAACCGUUUAAAGAAAGGUCUGUUCCAGGGUACUCAACAGAAGAAAGUGGUGAUCUAGAAUGUGGAGAGUAUUGCAUCACUUACUUGUCCUUGUCGGACUUCAGUCUUCAGCUGAGCAAGAUCUCACCCACCAAGACAACAGUGGCCAUUCCCUCGCCUUAUCAAGUUAUACAAUCGAUGUCUGGUACUGGAUUACACAGGCUCUUCCUUCGAAAGCCACAGAAUAAAAACAGUUCAAUUUCUGUACCAGUACCCACGCCAGCAGCUCCAAAUCGAGCGCAAUACAGAUUUCUGGAUUAUGCGAUAUCUAACUGGGCGCUUCAUACUAAGAAUAUUCAUCACGAAUCAUCGAGAUGGGAGAAUUUCAUGCAGCUUGCGAUGAAUAUUAAUGCAACGUGGAAUGUUCAUCCGUGGGUGUCUGGUGGCCGCUCGAAAGCCUCUCAUCUGCACGGUCUCUUUGGAUGGGCAGUAAAGGAACGUCACAGACCCCUUUUGUCACUUGUAUCAGAAGUCUCAGUGGUACAUCUAUUUUGCGAUCUUCCUGUGGUCGACGAAGGCCUUCCAGCCAUUCACAUUGCAUCAAAGCUUGGAUACACAGACAUCAUUCAGAUUCUCUUGACUUUCUGCGAUAUAAAUAACGUUGAUCAAGACGGAUGCACGCCUCUACACCAUGCAGCUAGUAAAGGCCAUACUGACAUUGUACGCUUAUUUUUGCAGGAAAAACACAUAAAAUUCGAUGUUAAUUCAACAUCACAUUGCACACCUCUCUGGCUAGCCGCGAGCCACGGACAUCACGAUGUUUUAUCUCUUCUUAUCGAGAAAGGAGCCAGUAUUGAGUCAGAAGAUAGUCUUCACGGACGGACACCUUUAUGGUUAGCAUUGGAGAACGAACACUAUUUAACAGCAAAUCUGCUGCUCGAAAGAGGAGCGCAGAUAGACUGGCUGGAUACUAGCCGGCCAAGUCCUGGGACAAUGGCCUUCGCAAAGCGGAGUUUAUCACUGAUACACGUGCUAGCCGACAACGAUGUUGUAUAUACAUCCGGAGAAGCUGCCUUGCUUCUUGAACUGAUACAAGUGUGUAUUGAAAGCAGAUUGCAGGCGCUGGCGAAGCUAGUUAUUAGACAAAGUAUUCAUGUGGUGUCUAACCACAAAAUUCUUGCCUCACUAGCUACUCCGAGUAACCAUUUGGCGGUGGAGAUGCUACAUGAAGAAAUCAGAAAUCAUAACCUCCAUCAACUACCAUUAGUAAUGCCCAAGGAAGGGCAUACAACAGCUGUGGGAGUGCCUUUGGAGGAAGGUGUGGAUUCGAGUGGUUUAGAUACGGCUAAUGCAACACUAUUACACUAGGUUGCUUGGUCUGGCGAUACC